AAGGACUUUCUCCUCUUCAUUUUACUAGCUCCGCUUUAUAGUGUAGCAUUAUUUUUCUUCAGUCCAAUUUCCAAGUCAAUGCCUCCCAACCCACUUCCCCUUUGAACCUUCAAAACCCUAAUCUCAUCUUCUUCGAUUUCUGCCCCCACAUCCCAAUGGCCGAGUCUUCUCCCAAGCUAAUCAGCUUAAUUUUGCUGAUAUAUUUAGUAACCAUUUCCAAUCUGGGCAAAUUUGUUAUUGCUGAAGAUGAUGUCAAGUGUUUACGUGGCGUGAAGAGCUCGUUGAGAGAUCCGGAUGGGAGGUUCAGCUUAUGGAACUUCUCCAACUCAUCUGUGGGCUUUAUCUGCGAUUUCGUUGGCGUUUCCUGCUGGAACCCCAACGAAAAUCGCCUCAUCGGCCUCUUGCUUCGUGACAUGAACCUCUCCGGUGGAGUUCCGGAUGCUUUGCAGUAUUGUCACAGCUUGCAAACUCUCGAUCUCUCCGGUAAUGACCUUUCCGGUCCUAUACCGCCCCAAAUUUGUGAUUGGUUGCCUUAUUUAGUUACUGUAGACUUAUCUGGCAAUGCUUUGACCGGUACGAUUCCGGAGGAUCUUGUUAAAUGCUCUUAUUUGAAUAGUUUGGUGCUCGAUGAUAAUAAGUUGUCCGGAAACAUUCCGUAUCAGUUUUCCACUUUGGGUAGGCUCAAGAAAUUUUCUGUUGCCAAUAAUGGUUUGUCCGGUAGGGUUCCCUCUUUUGCUGGUGUGGAGCUUAAUUUUGAUGGAAACAGCGGUCUUUGCGGUGGGCCCUUAAGGAAAUGUGGCGGGUUGAGUAAGAAAAAUUUGGCAAUUAUUAUUGCGGCUGGUGUGUUUGGAGCUGCUGCAUCUAUGUUGUUGGGUUUUGGGGCAUGGUGGUGGUAUUUCACAAAGUCUGGUCCGAGGAGAAGGAAGGGAGGAUAUGGAAUUGGAAGGGAUGACUCCGAUAGUUGGGCUGAGAGGUUGAGGGCUCAUAAGCUAACUCAAGUUAUGUUGUUCCAAAAACCGCUUGUGAAGGUUAAGCUGGCAGAUUUGUUUGUUGCUACGAAUAAUUUCAGUGCGGAAAAUGUCAUUUACUCGACUAGGACCGGAACAACUUAUAAGGCUGUUUUAAGGGAUGGGUCUGCACUUGCCAUCAAGAGGCUUAGUACGUGUAAGAUGGGUGAGAAGCAGUUCCGGAUGGAGAUGAAUAGGUUAGGCCAGCUCAGGCAUCCAAAUUUGGUCCCACUCUUGGGGUUCUGUGUGGUAGAGGAGGAGAAGCUUUUAGUCUAUAAGCAUUUGUCAAAUGGGACUUUGUAUUCAUUAUUGAGUGGAAACGCAACUAUUUUGGAUUGGCCGACUAGGUUCAGGAUUGGUUUAGGUGCUGCAAGGGGGAUUGCCUGGCUUCACCAUGGUUGCCACCCCCCAAUAAUGCAUCAAAACAUUAGCUCCAAUGUUAUUCUACUUGACGAGGAUUUUGAUGCUAGGAUAAUGGAUUUUGGCUUGGCGAGGCUCAUGACUUCAUCAGAUUCAAAUGAAAGUAGUUUUGUCAAUGGAGAUCUAGGUGAAUUUGGGUAUGUAGCACCAGAGUACUCCAGCACAUUGGUUGCGUCUCUGAAAGGGGAUGCUUAUAGUUUUGGAGUGGUACUUAUGGAAUUGGCAACUGGGCAGAAACCUCUUGAAGUUGGUUGUGCCGAGGAAGGAUUCAAGGGGAACUUGGUGGACUGGGUUAAUCAACUCUCCAGUUCAGGGCGGAUUAAAGAUGCAAUUGAUGGAGCUUUAUGUGGGAAAGGCCAUGAUGAAGAAAUUGUGCAGUUUUUGAGAAUUGCAUGCAAUUGUGUGGUUUCUCGGCCAAAGGACAGGUGCUCGAUGUACCAGGUUUAUGAAUCAUUGAAGAGCAUGGCUGAGAAACAAGGAUUUUCAGAACAAUAUGAUGAAUUUCCUCUACUUUUUGGAAAAAAUGAUGCUGAUUAGUUCCAUUUUUACUGUCAAAAGAAAGUCUUAGAAGCAAAGGAAGAUUGGCACUUGCAUUGCAAAAACUAAUUUUUGCAUUCAAGGGUAAAUUCACCUGUGCUUGCAACACAAAUUGAGUGGUAUCCAUUUUUAUUGGCUUCCAGAUUAUGUUCCCUGUUGUCAAAUAUAGCUGUAUAAUAGGAUAAACUGCUUAAACUGUACCACAAGAUCCUCUUCGUCCAAAAAUCUGUUGUAUGGGAAACUACUGGUUCUUGAUGAUUGUAAUAUGCUCAUUUACCUAUAGCCCUGAACUUUACAUUGUAGAUUACUAAUGAAACUUGGACAUAGUUGCAUGACUGUCAACUGAA